AUGGCUUCUCUGGAUGACCCAGGAGAAGUGAGAGAGGGCUUCCUCUGCCCUUUGUGCCUGAAGGACCUGCAGUCUUUCUAUCAGCUGCACUCACAUUAUGAGGAAGAGCACUCCGGGGAAGACCGUGAUGUCAAAGGGCAAAUUAAAAGUCUUGUCCAGAAGGCUAGGAAAGCAAAGAACAGGCUGUUGAAACGGGAAGGAGAUGAUCGAGCUGAAUCAGGCACCCACGGAUAUGAGUCUUUCAGCUAUGGAGGGGUCGAUCCUUACAUGUGGGAACCCCAGGAGCUUGGUGCUAUGCGAAGCCACCUUUCUGACUUCAAAAAACACCGAGCUGCCAGAAUCGACCACUAUGUCGUUGAAGUCAAUAAAUUAAUAAUCAGGUUAGAGAAGCUGACUGCGUUUGACAGAACAAAUACCGAGUCUGCGAAGAUCCGAGCAAUAGAAAAGUCCGUGGUGCCCUGGGUCAACGACCAGGAUGUCCCUUUCUGUCCGGACUGCGGGAAUAAGUUCAGCAUUCGUAACCGCCGCCACCACUGCCGCCUCUGCGGGUCAAUCAUGUGCAAGAAGUGCAUGGAGCUUAUCAGCCUUCCCUUGGCAAACAAGCUCACCAGUGCCAGCAAGGACUCACUGAGCACUCACACCAGCCCCAGCCAGUCACCCAACAGUGUCCACGGCUCCCGCCGGGGCAGCAUCAGCAGCGUGAGCAGCGUGAGCUCUGUCCUGGACGAGAAGGACGACGACCGGAUCCGCUGCUGCACACACUGCAAGGACACGCUUCUCAAGAGGGAGCAGCAGAUCGACGAGAAGGAGCACACGCCUGACAUCGUGAAGCUCUACGAGAAAUUACGGCUUUGCAUGGAGAAAGUUGACCAGAAAGCUCCUGAAUACAUCAAGAUGGCAGCAUCAUUAAAUGCCGGAGAGACAACCUACAGUCUGGAACACGCUAGUGACCUUCGAGUGGAAGUGCAGAAAGUGUAUGAGCUAAUAGAUGCGUUAAGUAAGAAGAUCUUAACCUUAGACCUGAAGCAGGACCCACCACCACACCCGAACUCCCUGCGGCUGCAGAGGAUGAUCAGAUACUCGGCCACGCUGUUUGUGCAGGAAAAGUUGCUUGGUUUGAUGUCACUGCCGACCAAAGAACAGUUUGAGGAACUGAAAAAGAAAAGGAAGCAGGAGAUAGAGCGGAAGAGGAUCCUGGAGAGGCAGGCUGCCUUGGAAUCCCAGCGGAGGCUUGAGGAGAGGCGGAGUGACUUGGCAUCGCGUGCAACCAACGGGGAGGUGGUGCCCCCUCGGAGGGGUCCUGCCCCACUGAGAAAGGCCGAGGGCUGGCUCCCACUGUCAGAAGGCCAGAGGCAGAGCGAGGACCCGGACCCCCUCCUGCAGCAGAUCCACAACAUCACGUCCUUUAUCCGGCAGGCCAAGGCCGCGGGCCGGACGGACGAAGUGCGCAUGCUGCAGGAGAACCUGCGCCAGCUGCAGGACGAGUACGACCAGCAGCAGACGGAGAAGGCCAUCGAGCUGUCCCGUAGGCAGGCCGAGGAGGAGGACCUGCAGCGGGAGCAGCUGCAGGUGCUGCGGGAGCGCGAGCGGGAGCGUGAGCAGGGCCAGGCCGCCUCUCUGCACACGCGGACUCGGUCCCUGGACUUCCGGGAAAUCAGGCCUUUUCAGCUGGAGCCGGGCAGAGAGCCACGCACCCACCUCGCUCACGCUUUGGAUCUGGGCUCUUCCCCAGCUCAGAGCAGCACUGCCACCAAGACCUCUCCACCCAGCUUGGCUCCCGAGCCCUUCCGAGGGUGGUCUGGGCCCCCAGCCCUGGGCCAGGAGUUCCUGCCCCAGAGCACCCCGUCACAGCGCAGUGAGGCACCCUCCCUGAAUCCCUUCGAUGAGGAAGAAGACCUCGCCAGCCCCUCAGCCGAGGGCACAGCCAGCCCUCCUGCUCCAGAGCCUUCCCUUGGCCCACCGGCCCGCCUGUUCCGAGAGUACAACCCUUUCGAGGAAGAGGAGGCCGGGGCCGGGAAUCCCUUCGCUAGGCCAGACAGCCCCGCCCCCAACCCCUUCGACGAGGAAGAUGAGCCCCCCCCUCGGACACCUGCAUCCCCCCCUGUUCCUGGCAACCCCUUUGAGGAGGCCCCCUGCACCAACCCCUUCGAGGAGGACAGUGAUGGCGGGCAGGAGGGCGCCGAGCCCAUCGAGGAGGAGCUGCUGCUCCAGCAGAUCGACAACAUCAAGGCGUACAUCUUUGACGCCAAGCAGUGUGGCCGCCUGGACGAGGUGGAGGUGCUGACGGAGAACCUGAGGGAGCUGAAGCGCACCCUGGCCAAGCAGAAGGGGGGCAGCGACUGA